ACAUAGAGAGAAAGAGAGAUAGACAGACAGACAGAGAGAAAGAGACAGAGAGAGAGUGAGUUUGAAAAAUUUGAUCAACUGGACGAUUGGAUAAAAUAAGUAGUGUAUUUGAUUUCAAGUUGUAAUUGUAUUAUUUCAACAUUAAUAACGUCGUUAAUCUCAUUUAGGUUGAGUUAAGAAUCCACAUCGGUCGAAAGCAGAGCUUUAUCUCAAGUUUGUUUUUUGCGUAAGGUAAAGCUAGUAGUGCAUAAGACAGAGACAGACUGAUCUUGAGAAAAAAAAAAUAUAUAUAUACACACACAACAAGAAUUUACAAGUAUACACCACUGCUUCGUAUAAUUUCAUCUAAAGUGCAGAGUCCGGUAUAACUGUUCUUGGUUACUGAUAAUGACGAGCGAUCAUCUUAAGAGAUAUAAUGCACUUGUGACAAAUGUGAAAAACGUAAAGAAAGGACAAUUUGCUGUGAAUUUGCUUCUUACACUAUUGUGAGUUAAAUUCUUUCGAAAGAGAUCAUGGAUAUCGUGGUAAAGUUGAAUGAGCAAACAGCAGGAAGAGACAAAAUAAUAAGAUUGCUUCAAUAUGGAAGUCGAGCAUAUUGGUAUUACGCACAAAAUGGACAUAGUACAAGAUAUUCCGCAGAAAUUUUGAGAAGUUUGGAAUUCACUUUUAGUUCCUUUCGAAAAUUACUGCGCUUUGGACGAUGCUUAGACAGCUUUUAUUCCGCCCUAAAAAUGAUGAAAUAUCCCGAUCCUGUAGUGAGAGUAACAUUAAUCAUGGCAAAGAUGGCAAAUGCUUUAUAUUUAUUAGCGGAUCAUUUUAUCUGGGUUGGCAGAGUAGGAAUUUUACGAGUCAAUAUAGAAAAAUGGAAUAAAGUUGCUAAUAAAUAUUGGUUACUAACAAUUAUUAUGAGCUUGGUGAGAGAUAUUUACGAGAUUCUUAAGAUUUUGGAACGUGAGAAGAAUGCAUUUAAGCAAUAUUACAUAUUAUCGUCUCUAAAAAAUCACAAGGAAAUAAUGAUGGACACUGUGAAAAACGGAUGUGAUUUAUUUAUUCCAUUGACAGCAUUAGGUGUCACAAAAUGUACUCCAGGUACAAUAGGUUUACUUGGAAUAAUUUCUUCUCUGAUUGGUUUGUAUACAAUUAUCGAUCCGCUUUACAAGUUGUCCCCAUCCUAGGACAAGAUAUUUCAUAAAUUCAUAUUCCUAUGGUGCAUGUGCAUAUUGUAUAGUCACUAUGUUAUUCAUAUAUGUAUAUAUAUAUAUAAAAGAGAGGCAGUUGAUUAUAAAUGUAUAUAGGGAGAGAGGCAAUAUUUUUAUAUAUAUCGAAUUGUUAUAUAGUUUUAUAAUUACUUUUAACGAAGUAUAAAGAAAAUAAAUGAAGCUUACACAA